AUGGCAGACGUGUGCACGUUUUACUCCAAGAUCGGAGCGUGUCGGCAUGGCGACAAGUGCUCCCGGCGGCAUAUACAUCCACGUAGGUCAGAUACUAUACUCAUAUUCAAUUUAUAUCGUAAUCCCAAAGGUUCUUCACAACAAAUUCAACAGCGAUUCGACCAGUUUUACCAAGAUGUGUUUGUAUAUAUUGCCCGCAUUGGUGAAAUUGAUGCUAUGGUUGUGUGUGAAAACGAUAACGACCACUUGAAUGGCAAUGUUUAUGUCAAGUUUAUGAACGAUACUGUUGCCGAAACCGUCAUGAAUGCACUCAAUGAAGAGUGGUACGAUGCACUUCCCAUCCACUGUGAAUUGUCGCCGGUGGAAAGUUUCCAAGAUGCCAAUUGCAGAGCUUACGAUGCUGGAGCUUGUUCACGAGGAGGACACUGUAACUUUAUGCAUAUAAGAAGGCCCACGCCAGAAGUUAAGAGUGUUUUACACCAGGCUCAGGACAAGUGGAAAGUCGAAAAGGCGCUAGAAAAGGUGGCACCAGACGAUCCAUUGGUUGUUGCGAUGAGAGAGCGGGUUAAGGCAUAUGAGGAAAGAGAAGCACGAAGGAAAGAAAGUGAGAAAAAAGUUACACAAGAAAGUGAGAAAAGAGUAACAGAAGAAAGUGAGAAAAGAGUGACAGAAGAAAAUGAAAAGAAAAGAGUAACAGAAGAGAAUGAAAAAGUGAAACGAGUGAAAUCAGAAGAAAGUGAAAAAGUACUGAAAAUUCAAGAAACAAAGAUCGAAUCCAAUGGACAUGGAGAGGACAAAAGCACAGAUAACAGUAAAAUAACCAAGAAUGAGGUUGGAACAAAUUCCCAAUCCACGAGUGCGCCCGCUGACGGGCUGUCAAUCACCACUACCUCGGCAGUGGAAAAGUUGUUCAGCCGAAGAUGA